AUGCCCGUCCCGUCAGGCUGCUGGCUCCUUCUCCUUUGCCUCGCUGCUGCUGGCAAACAGUUGUCACUACAGAUCACUCCGCCGUGUGAAAGCGAACAACACUAUGAAUACUCUGGACGGUGCUGCACAAAGUGUGAGCCAGGAAAGUAUAUGUCUGCUAGAUGCACUAGUACUUCUGAUAGCAUGUGUCAGUCAUGUGGCCCAAACGAGUAUAUGGAUGUCUGGAAUGAAGAAGAUAAAUGCUUACUACAUAAAAUAUGUGAUCAAGGGAAAGCUUUGAGAGAAGUGAACCCAGGGAACAGCACGUUCCAGCGGCAGUGUGCUUGUACGAUGGGCUACCACUGGAAUGAAGACUGUGACUGCUGUCAGCGAAAUACCAUAUGUGCUCCAGGAUUCGGAGUCACGCAUCCUGUGCAACAAGACAAAGACACAAUGUGUACACCAUGUCCCAGAGGCUACUUCUCAAAGGUUGCUUCAUCCACCGACGAGUGUAAAUCCUGGACCAACUGUACAGCUCUAGGAAUGGCAGAAAUAGUGCCUGGGACUGACAAGUCGGAUGCAGUUUGCGCAGAACGGAAGAUGCCUGCGCCAUCGGAAGACGGUAUGUGUCCUCAUACAAAUUAUCUGUUAGAAAGUACCAGGGAGGAGGAGGGAUGUGUUUACUAGGGAACAAACAGGAUCUUAUAUGUGUUGAUUGUCAUCUUGUUUUUUGUGGCACUAAUUGGCAUUGUCAUCUUCAUCAUAUACUACAAGAAUAAGGGAAAAAAGCUGACAGCAGAUCUACAGAAUUGGGCUAAUGAAGUGUGCAGCCAAAUAAAAGGAACAAAGGAGCCCCCAAGGGAUGCAUUUGUUACCGUGAACACCACGAAUGCUACUGUCCCCCACACCUCUGAAGGCAUGUGUCUCCUGGGCCCUGCUGGCUCUCCUGCCCCUGGAAACUUGUGCUGCACCAGUGGCCACGCUCCUUGCAGGAACGGGAGCCCUGGCAUGGUGCCCUGCGAGGCGGGAGGGAGCCUCCAAGAGUUUUCUGUGGUAACUGAGACUGGUGAUGACCAUUUCCCACCAGUUCCCACAGAAGAUGAAUACAUGGACAAGGAUCUCUAUACCACUGAUUAUUUAUCUUUACUGAGUCGGACUGCCAGUAAAACAGUGUCAUCAUUUUCAGAACCAAUGGAGGCAGGGGAGAACGACAGCUUAAAUCAGUACUUUUCAGGGAUUGGAAGCACAGAGGACAUAUCAGUCUCUCAAGGCUCUCACCCUUCCUCCGACACAGGUGGGGCACACACUGCCACGGACAAACUUCUUCAGAAAUCUUGCCAACAUGCCCACAGUUGCCUGAAGGAAACAGGCAACAAAGACACAGAUCGUUUUGCAACAAACUAUGACUCAGAGAAGGUCUGUGUGAGGUGUGGCAUUUCGUACAGGGAAUCUCCCAGAAAGUGGAGCAAACCCUGUUGUGCUGUAGCUGACAGUGCCUCCACCUCCCCAGAAACUGGAUCCUGUGCACACUGCACCUGUGGCUUGAAUUUUCUCUCUGCUGGUCAGAGCACCCUAGCGAGUGAUCAUGGUAUGAAAGAUGCAUCUUCGGAUAGUACCAACAUGAAGUACCAGAACGCAAACAGAAGCACUUCAGGGACAAACAGCAGCACUUCAGACCUCCCUCCAGCAUCUGGAAAUGUGACUGGAAACAGUAACUCCACCUUUAUCUCAAGUGGACAAGUAAUGAAUUUCAAGGGCGACAUCAUUGUUGUCUACCUUAGCCAAAACUCCCAGGAGGGGGCAACGGUCUCGGGGCCGAGCGAGGAGAACGUGGGCAGCCCCGUGCAGGAGGAAAACCUCAUCCGCUGCGAGACUUUUGCCGGCAAUGCCCAGCACUACAAGGAGAAGUGUGCCGAGCUGCAGGGCGCCUGCCCGGCAGCAGGGAGCAGGGGGCCGCGGCAGACCACCGGACCCCUGGCCCAGGAGCGGGGCCCGUCCUGCUGCGGCCAGGCCUCGCAGCCUGUGCAGGAGGAGGGGAAGCUGGGACACUUCUCGGAGAAAGUGUUGAAUUGA